CUCCAACCAAACCAGCCAAUGAAGGGUGCAGACGACGUAACCAAAAGCAGGGGGCUGGCUUCCCCAAGGAAGAGCAUCGGCGAACAAGUGGGUGGGUUGGUAGGCAAAGUAGAGCAGCCCAGCACCAGCGUUCAGGACCCCCCCCCCCCCCAGCAGCUAUGGCAGCGGAGGGCCAGGCGAUCAGAGUUUCCAGCCAGAGUUAUGGAGCUGUUGAUCAGAUGUCUCAUGCCUCUGCUGAAGGAUAUUUUGGUGCCAUCGUUCCUGAUGACAUUACCAGUGGAGAAGAACCGUCUGCUCCCCCUGCUUAUACCAUGGACGAUGUCUCUGGCUAUGAAGGCACAGCUCUGGGUGAUGGUGGAGGAAAAGGUUUACCUCCUCCCUCAGAUCUGGUGACUGAUCGUGGAGGUGGGCCCCCUCCAGCCCAAACAGAGUGGAACAUUCCUGCUGUUUCAGAAGAUGCAGCCAAAGAAGCUUUUAUACAGUACGCAGCCAGUAAGUGCUGCUACAGCUCGGCCCCUGCCAAGGAAAUGGUGUUUCGGACUCUGCAGCCAUUCAACACCUACAGAUAUCGGCUAGAGACCUUCACUGAAUCCAGAUCAUCUGAUUGGAAGACAACACCUUACAAGGGUGAAUUUGUUGACUCUUUUUUGCUUGGGCCCGCUCCUUUGCCAUGGACUAUACAAGUGGAAGUCCCUACCAUGUUCACAGACAACAUAACCAGAGUCAAAGUGCCUCACACGUCUUCAUUAAAGGGCUGCCAUAAUUGUCGAUGUUCAGGUACAAUUCGCUGCACAAAGUGUCAUGGAAGAGGAAAGGUACAGUGCUGGAUUUGUCAUGGCUCUGGGAAACAACUGAGUAAGGACAGGUGCACACACUGCAGAGGUUCUGGACGGAGCAGAUGCAACAGUUGUUCUGGUUCAGGCCACAAAACCUGCAUAACGUGUGCAGGAAAAGGACAGUUGCUGUACUACAUUGAGCUUCAAGUCAAAUGGCAAAACAACAUUUUUGAAUACGUGGCGGACCAGAGAUCUGGGUUUCCUGCUGAUCUCUUCAAGGAGGUCACUGGGCAGAAGAUGUUUGUUGAUGAACAGUCCAUGGUUUAUCCUGUUGUGAAUUUUCCUGAUCCUUCCAUAAGUCAGGCUUCCCAAAAUGCUCUUGUGCAACAUCACACUCAGUUUGCAUCCACAUCUCGUGUACUGAGACAGAGGCAAACUAUUGAGCUGAUUCCUCUUACUAAAGUGGAAUACGAAUGGCGAGGGAAACGGUAUUCCUAUUAUGUGUAUGGAGAUGAAAAUAGGGUGUAUGCAGAGAACUACCCCAAAAAGUGCUGCUGCUCCAUUAUGUGACUGACUGAUCACUUCUCAGAAUGCCAAAGACAAUGGCUGUUGUCCAGAACCAUAUAAGGAAAGGAUUCAUCUAGUACUAUUUUUGUUUUGUUUUGGUCAAUAGAAGUUCAUUGAUUUGCAUGUAUGGGGCAGGCUGCCGCAGGAAGAAAACGGGGGAGCAAAAGGUUUGUCAAGUUGAUUAUUCAGUUCCAGGACUGGAUCCUGUAUGUAUGUCACAAUCCCUGUGGGCCACUGGGGAUUUGCUGUGGCUCUCCCUGUCCCGCCCUUGCCACUAGUAGAAUGCAAACUCAAUUUUGGAUUACAGUACCAUUUAGUUUCUGCACUAUGUGGCAGCCUGGCCUAAUCUACUUUUACUCAGACUUCACUGGGUCUCCUGGCGUUAAUAAGGUCUACAUUUUAUUAGUAAGGAAAUACAAGGAAAACAGGUCCUAGAUCUGUCUUCCAUUAUCAGUAGUAGUAAAAAUGAUGUGACCCAACAGUCUGCUCUGUGUUACACUAGGGAAACCCACUGACUUCAGUGAAGUUGUACCAGUGUAAAUCAAACCACAUUUUGAACUGAAGAUAUUAACAGUGGUGUGGAUCAAGGAGUGGUGGUUAGUACGUGGCUGCACUCCAGUAAUGCUGACUACAAAUUUCCCUUUGUUGUUUGUGGAUUCUUUUAUUUUUAUCACAACUGAGAGUUCAGUGAUAAUAUGGUACCAGGCACAAGUUGAAAAGGUUUUGCUGUGAACCUUCAGAGUUUGUGACUAGCUCAGCAAACAGCAGGUGGAUGGUAGUGAUGCAUCUGACAUUUUUAGAAUGUCUGUCUCCACUGCAGUGCUUGGCUUGCUGGUUCAUCCAUCAAUAAUCUUGUCUGUGUCAAACAUAGAGGCAGCAUUUUAACUCUUCUAAUAGAAUCUCCAACUGAAGAUAAACAGAGAAGGAAAUAGGACAAAUUGUGAAUAUUUUUUAAUUAAGCGUAUAUGGCCUGACCAAAAGCCUCUUGAAGUCAAUGUGAAUCUUUCCAUGACUUUAGUGGAUCAGGUCUAUAAUGCAUAUUGUUAAUCACCCACUAUCAAAUUCUAAUCUUUCUUGCUGCUGAGUUUUCAGCAUGUUUGGAUCGUACCUCAUUUGCCAUGUGACUGUGAUACACACACACACACACACACACACACAUUUAUAGUUUCUCUUUCUGUACAAAUGUCAUAGUAAUACAAAAUGACUAGGUUGUAUUCCUGUUAAGAAUAAAUUUA